AUGUUUCAACUAAUUGAAGAGUACGAGAUUUGGGGUUUGAAGGUCAACAUUCAAAAAACCAAGUAUCUGUGUGUCGGCGGAGAAGCAAGUGAUCUCACGAUGAAUGAUGGAAAAAUAAUAACACACUGCCAGAACUACAACUAUCUGGGAGUUAUUUUUGACUCGACCGGAACGGACAAUCAUGAAAUAGAGAGAAGAAUAACCACAGCAAAAAAGGCAAUAUCCUGUCUCAACGGCAUAUUAUGGAAUAAAAAUAUAACUAAAAGAAGAAAGUUCAACAUUUAUGAAACCUUAGUGAAAAGCAGUCUAUUGUAUGGGUCAGAGAAUUGGAGACUAACUGAAAAAUAUAAGAGAAAAUUGGAAGCAGUUGAAAUGGACGCAAUGAGAAGAUCGCUCAGGAUAUCAAGGAGGGAAAGAAUCAGAAAUGAGACCGUUAAAGAAAUGAUGGGUAUUGAAGGAACCCUAAUGGAUGACAUCGAAAAAAGACAGCUGAUAUGGUACGGCCACAUACAACGUAUGUCAGAAACGAGACUCCCAAAGCAAGUAAUGAACUGGCAGCCCGCAGAACGUAGGAAGAGAGGAAGACCAAAGACCAGUUGGAAACAGGGCGUCGUUAAAGCUAUGAGCACAAGAAACUUGCAAGAACUGGACUGGGAAGAUAGAAGAAGAUGGAGGCAGGGCGUCGGACAACGUCGGAAGACGUUCUGA